GGGCUGCAGGCUGGCCCGGGUACCAGCGCCGCUGCAUCCCUGCCGCGCUCCGCACCGCCGCUGGUCCUCCUUAACGUUCCGGCUCUGGCGGCUUGGUGUCGGCCUUCCGCCAAGGCUCAGACGGGUCCAGUGGGAGGAGCAGCUCCGUCCAGUCCAGGCGGCGGCCGAGGGCGCAGAACAGAGAUGCGGCGGCUCGUGCGCGCGGUGCUGUUCAUGCUGCUGGUGGCGGCGGCCCCCGCAGUCCCCGCGCCCACGGCCACCUCGGCUCCGGGCGAGCCCGGCCCGGCGCUCAGCUACCCGCAGGAGGAGGCCACUCUCAACGAGAUGUUCCGUGAGGUGGAGGAGUUGAUGGAGGACACGCAGCACAAACUGCGCAGUGCAGUGGAGGAGAUGGAGGCAGAAGAAGCUGCUGCUAAAACGCCUCUGGAAAUAAACCUGGCUGAUCUGCCCACCAGCUAUCACAACGAAACCAAUACAGAAACCAAGGUCGGAAAUAACACCAUCCACCUACACCGAGAAAUCCACAAGGUAACCAACAACCAGACUGGACAGAUGGUCUUUUCCGAGACAGUGGUCACAUCUGUGGGAGAUGAAGAAGGCAAAAGGAGCCACGAGUGCAUCAUUGAUGAGGACUGUGGGCCCACUCGGUACUGCCAGUUUGCUAGCUUCCAGUACACCUGCCAGCCAUGCCGGGAGCAGGAGAUGCUCUGCACCCGAAACAGUGAGUGCUGUGGAGACCAGCUGUGCGUCUGGGGUCACUGCGCCCAAGCAGCCGACAGAGGCAGCAAUGGCACCAUCUGUGACAACCAGAGGGACUGCCAGUCUGGCCUGUGCUGUGCCUUCCAGAAAGGCCUGCUGUUCCCUGUGUGCACACCCCUGCCUAUGGAGGGUGAGCUUUGCCAUGACCCUGCCAGCCGGCUUCUGGACCUCAUCACGUGGGAGCUGGAGCCUGACGGAGCCUUGGACCGGUGCCCAUGUGCCAGCGGCCUCGUCUGCCAGCCCCACAGCCACAGCCUGGUGUAUGUGUGCAAGCCAGCUUUCGGUGGGAGCCAGGAACACACCAGGGAGAGCCUGCCACCCAAGGCGGUACUCAGCGAUGAAUAUGAGGACGGCGGCUUCAUGGAGGGGGUGCAACAGGAGCUGGAGGACCUGGAGAGGAGCCUGACUGGGGAGAUGGUGCUCCAGGAGCCUGUGGCCGAGUUGCUGGGUGGAGGAGAGAUUUAGGUGCGGACCAUCCAUGUCCACGUGCCACAGAAAUCGCUAAUUUAUUUCGCCAGGUGUGUUCCCUAGGUGUGGGCUUUCCCUCCCCAUUCCCUGCCUGUAGCAUGACCAAAUGCAAUGCACCAUGCAUUUGGUCCACACUGGCCCUCAGGGUUCCUGUUUAAAGGGAAGUGCUGGUGCCAAAUCCCAAGGCAGGGAUCGGGGACAAGGCAGCAGCUGCCCGAGCUGGGUUUGCAUUGCCUUGCUUCACCAACGUCAGCCUGCUGAGUGAGCGUCCUUGUAGCUCUUUCGCCAGCCCAGGCCAACCACACCUGAUGCUGUUGCAGUCUGCCUCCAUCCCGUCGGCGCCUACUUCUCAUUCUGUUCACAGCCAUUGGGGACCCACUCUGCCUGCAGCCUGGAGAGGGGACUCUGUUCUUCGCAGGAAUCUUGCAGGCUCAGAGACUGUAUGCUACUGGCCCAUGCCAUACAGCUAAUGAAAACUCCCCCAGGUUUUCCUUAGGGUGAAUCCAGGCUCCA